AUGGAACAUCUUGACAAUGAGUACAAGAAUUACUGGGAAACCACAAUGUUCUUCCAGAAUCAAGAACUUGAAUUUGACAGUUGGCCGUUGGAAGAAGCGUUGUCGGGUUCAGGAGACUCUAGUCCGCCGGACGGAGCAGCAACGUCGAAGAACGUCGUCUCUGAGAGGAACAGAAGGCAAAAGCUUAAUCAGAGAAUCAUGGCUCUCCGAUCUGUCGUUCCCAAAAUAAGCAAGUUGGACAAGGCAUCUGUCAUCAAAGAUUCGAUCGAUUAUAUGCAACAACUUAUUGAUCAAGAAAAGAGGUUAGCAGCAGAGAUCAGAGAGAUGGAGUCACAAGCAUUAUUGAUAGAAAACCCUACAAGAGAUUACGAUUUCAUCAAUAAUUUCCCCGAAAAUCAGCAGCAAAAUCUCUCACACGUUAAUGUCCUGAGAUCAAAGAAGUCCAGGCAUAUGGAUUACAAUACCUCUAGAUCAUCAAUUACUAGAGUACAUAACCACUCCCUCAUCCAAGUUCUUGAAAUGAAGGUGACUUGGAUGGGAGAGAAGACAGUAGUGGUAUCCAUAACAUGUUGCAAGAAGAGAGAGACUUUGUUGCAGCUUUGUAAAGUGUUGGAGUCUUUGGAUCUCAACAUCAUCACCACAAACUUCUCUUCCUUCUCAUCUCGUCUCUCUACCACUCUCUUCCUACAGGCGGAUGAAGAAGAGAUGAGUACACUAGAGACAAAGAUACAAACAUCAAUCACAGCUUAUAAUGAUCCAAAUGGUCUUAUCACCUUCUAA